ACAGUACUCACCUGUUUUAUUCCAUUAUCACACACACACUCCUUCCUAUAUUUGCUUAUAAAUAGGCAAUACCCCUUGGGUUUCUUCAUUGUAUCACUUCUUUUCAGUCCUGUUAAAAAACAACAACAAAAUCAUGAGCUAUUCACAUUAUACCAUGGCUUCUGGUAGUAGAACUGGUAGAAGGACAUUUGAAUUUGGAAGGACAUAUGUGGUUAGACCAAAAGGUAAACACCAAGCUACUAUAGUGUGGCUUCAUGGCCUUGGUGACAAUGGCUCAAGUUGGUCUCAGCUCUUGGAAAGUCUUCCUCUUCCAAAUAUAAAAUGGAUUUGCCCAACUGCUCCUACUCGUCCUGUGGCUUUACUAGGGGGAUUUCCUUGCACUGCAUGGUUUGAUGCUGGUGAGCUUUCAGAAGAAAGUCCAGAUGAUUGGGAGGGUUUAGAUGCUUCAGCAGCACAUAUUGCAAACUUCUUGUCAACUGAGCCAUCUGAUGUUAAGGUGGGUAUUGGAGGCUUUAGUAUGGGUGCUGCAAUGGCACUCUACUCUGCAACUGCUUGUGCUCUAGGAAGGUAUGGAAAUGGUAUCCCAUACCCUAUCAACCUUAGAGCAGUUGUUGGGCUUAGUGGAUGGCUUCCCGGUUCAAGGGGCUUAAGGAACAAAAUACAAGUAUCACAUGAAGCUGCAAGGCGAGCUGCAUCCUUGCCGAUUUUGCUUAGCCAUGGAACCUGUGAUGAUGUUGUCCCCUACAAAAUUGGAGAAAAAUCAGCUCAUUCAUUGAAUAUAGCAGGAUUUUGGAAUCUCACUUUCAAAAACUAUGAAGGGAUUGGCCAUUACACAGUCCCUAAAGAGAUGGAUGAGGUCUGCAAUUGGCUUACUACAAAACUGUGUCUCGAGGGAUCUCGUUGAAUGUAACAAAACAUCAGUUCUUAGUUUGAGAAACGAACAAUGGCAGACACAAAGACAAAAACUACAUAUGUACAAGUAGAUGGGGUAUAUGGUAUAGUUGAAAUUAGCCUUAAUUAACUUGUCCUCAAAAUAAAAGUUUUGGUUUCUUUAAAACUUUAAAUCCAGGAUGUAGAUCUGCAAUAACUUAGUCUUAGUUAAUGAGAUAUAAGAAAUUAGUCCCA